ACUUCUUUUAGCUCCGGGUGUUGGCCAGCCAGGGGCCAGGGGAAGCACGGCAGAGCCCGGCGGCCAUCAGGUGACACCCUGCAUAGCUGCGGGCUGGUGGAGAGCCCCAACGCCAGGGUGGGGGGCUCUGUGGUAGAGCAGCCCCCCAGAGCCCGGGGAGUACAACAGCGUGACAGGGAAGAGGCCCCGCAGGAGCAGCCGCAGCUGCACUGAACUGGAACAGGAGGCAGCUCUCGGCAGGGAUGGGGGUACCGGGCAGGGGGACUUGGUCCCAGCAGCAGGAGCUCCCUGGAGCAUGGACUGGGCUCAUGCACUUGCUUUUCUUUUUGCUGCUUUGUAAAGCUGGGAGGUGCCACAGGGUGAGCACUGGCCCCUGGCAGGCAGGUACGCCAUGGCGCUUUCCAACAACCACAUCUGCCCCGUCCACAACUGGAAUUACAACCAGUCGUGUGGCGGGGACGGCCCCGGCUCCUGCUGCACGCUGGACCACAUCCCCCUUGUCAGCAAGUGUGGCACCCUGCCUCCCGAGAGCUGCUUCUUCAGCCUCAUCUGCAGCCUGGGCUCCUUCAUGGUCAUCCUGGUGGGGCUGCUGCGCUACGCCCACCUCCUGGAGCGUCUCGGGCCGUCUCUCCUCAACACCUUGGGGCUGGCCACCGGCUGGGUCUGCGCCGCCGGCCUCACCAUGGUUGGCAACUUCCAGGUGGAUCACGCCAAGGUGCUGCACUACAUUGGGGCAGGGGUGGCCUUUCCCACCAGCAUGCUGUUCCUGCUCCUGCAGUCCAUCCUCACCUACCGCAUGGCCAAAACCCGUGGGCAGUACUGGACCGGCCACUUACGUAGCAUCCUCACCACUGUGGCCUUCCUCACCCUCGUCUUCAGUGGUGUGUUCUUCAUCCAGGAGAGCUUCGUGCUGCAGCAUGUGGCCGCCCUGUGCGAGUGGAUGUUCAUUAUUGAUGUCCUGGUCUUCUACGGCACCUUCACCUUUGAGUUUGGGGCCAUCUCCACAGACACCUUCCUGGUCCUGCUGAAAGCCAGCCGGGCUCCCAAAAGUUACAAAGGCGAGAGCGGCGUGUCCAGCACGGCCCACAUCCACAGCCACGCGGAGGGCCUGGCUAUGGCCUGACCCCCACGGGAGGCAGGGUCACAGUGGAGACCCCUAAAUAGGGUUCUGCCGGUGACUCCUCCGCCUUGAACGUCUCCGAGACCCCGGCUGCCUCGGGGUGCGUGUGUGCGCAUGUGUGGGUGUGCGGUGCCCUCCCCUCCUGGUGGGAGCUGUGGCCGGUGCUCCUCUGGCAGCCGGUGUCCCCUGCAGGAGCUGCCCCCUCCCUGCCCGCAGGGUUUGGGGUCACUGCUGUGGUGCCAGCCCAGCGCUGCUAUCGGCAGAGCCAGGAUCUGCCCCUGCGCCUCUGGGGUUGCCCCGUCUGAGUCGGGGGCUGUCAGAGGCAAUCAUACAGAGGCCCCCUUCUGUAACGAAUGUGGGGGAACAGGGAGCUCACCCUCCCCUCACCACGCAAGCCUGGUGUGCUGGGGAGGGGGGGAUCACCAUUCCUCCCUCCUCCACGGCCACUGGGGUAGGGUUCAGCAGACCAAGCCUUCCAGCCGGCCGCUGUGACUGUCAGAGGAGCCAAAACCCCAGAGUGCCUUUUCCCUUCCUCGGGAGGUGAUGGCAGUGUCAGUCUGUCUGCACCCCUGGUGAGGAUGGCAGGGGGGGUUGUCUCUCCCUGCCUGCCUGCCUGCCUGGGUGGGGGUAGUGCCUUGAUGACACCAGCAGCCCCAGUUGGACCGCACUGGCCUUCCCAGCCAGGGCUCUUGCUGCUUGGGGCCUUCCAUGCCUCCAGCCGAUGACUUUCCCACAUUUUUUCAGCUUGGAGGAGAAUUGCUGAGGCAGGUUUCACCUCCUGGGCCAUGGCAUUCCCGUGCUCCCUUGCAGUCAGCUAGGUUAGGAAAUGGGUCUCCUCAUUUACUGUCACACCGGGGAUGUCCUGCAAGCACAGUGCUUGCAGAGCAGUGGAUUUCCCCUCCAUAGCGCAGCCAACCUAAGCUGUCGUGCCGGGAAGCCGACACACCCCAGCCCCUGUCUCCCAGUGCAGGGGUGGGCUGCUGCCAGCCCUCCCACCCAGGGAGCGCAGGCACAGAAAGGGGAAGCACUUCUGUAGGAACAGAGGAAGGUUGCACCCCGUUCUGCUGGGACUCCGAAAUCCGUCCUCUGGUGCCCUCCCCAGCGCUCAGCCUGGCCAGCGCCUGCCUGGUGAGAGCCUGUCCUGCUCGGCCCCAGCCUGGGGCGUCCUGGGCAGCGGGCUAGGGUGGAGGGGUGAGGUGUAGAGGGAGAUGAAUGCGUGUGUGUGUGUAUAUAUAGCUCUACAUAUAUAUAUACACACACACACACACACACACAUAUAGAUAUUAAAAUUUUCCCUUGUCCCUGGAGAGGGGCAUUUGCUGCUGCUGUGUGCAUUGAUCAGGUCGGGCUUCCUGAUUCACCCACCUUUUCAAAAUUGGCCUAUAAAUCCACCAGUAUCUGUAGUACAAAGAGGAGCAUUUCUGACUUUUAUAUCUAAUAUAUGUUUAAAUAUAUAUAUAUAUCUCAAGAGAGAACAGUGAAUUUACAAUAAUAAAAGUGAAAAUCAGCCAA